AUGGCAUCCGGUGCUGUGAGCGCUUCACAAAACAAGCUUAACGAGCUACUGGAGGCGAUUCGUCAAGAAUUCGGUCAGAUUUCGCAAGAGGCCAAUACAUACCGUUUGCAAAACCAAAAGGACUAUGACUUCAAAAUAAACCAGCAACUUGCUGAGAUGCAGCAGAUUAGAAACACUGUGUACGAGCUGGAGCUCACCCACCGCAAAAUGAAAGACGCGUAUGAGGAGGAAAUUGGGCGCUUGAAGCUGGAGUUGGACCAGCGUGAUCGUCAAGUGGCUUCACUAGCUGCUGCCGCUCAGCAGCAACAACAUGCUCAGCAUGCACACCAACAGCAGCAACAGCAGCAAGUUCAGCAGGCCCAGCAAGCCCACCAGCAACAACAGCAGGUUCAGCAGGCUCAGCAGGUUCAUCAUCAGCAGCAACGGCAACAACAACAACAGCAGCAGCAGCAGCAGCAACAGCAGCAACAACAACAACAGCAACAACAACAACAACAGCAGCAAGUUCAGCAGGCCCAGCAACAACAACAACAUCAACAUCAACAACAACAACAACAGCAAGUAGCAGCUGCAGCAGCUGCCGCCGCUUCGGCAGUCUCAGCGUCUUCCAAACCCAUAUUAAACUCUCAAGCGUCACAGCCUGCACUCAUUCCGACGCUCAAUCCCAUCUCUAACACAUCCGGAACUCCUACAGGAACUAGACCAGUUCUAGAAACGUCGCAAUCAACAUCAAACCAAGCACCACAUAUGAAAAAACUGACGUCCACAGGACAUGCCCCGAUAAUUUCAUCCGCGGGAACGUCGCUGCCACCAACUACAUCUGCUCCAGUGACUCCAGUGACUCCUGCGGCUUCCACUGUUCCAACUCAGGUGCCAGGUCCUAACUCCGUUCCUCCUCAAAGUCAAACGGCUGCGCCAGUUCCUGCCUCCAUUCCUACGGUGGCUGCCCCACCAAUCCAACCACCUACAGCCUCUAACUCUACAACUGCACCUCUGUCUGAAACCAAACCCCAAGAAUACUAUUUAGUUCCACCACACCAGCGCGGUUCUCAUGCCAAGCCAAUUCCUCCUUUUCUACUCGACUUAGACUCUCAACUGGUUCCUCAGCAUUUGAAAAAGCAAACCAGUGACUUUUACAUCCUGUACAAUCCUGCGCUGCCUCGUGAGUUGGAUGUAGAUCUUCACGUCUCCUUAGAUCACUCUUCAGUGGUUUGCUGUGUGAGAUUCAGCAAUAAUGGCGAAUUUUUGGCUACUGGCUGCAAUAAAACUACCCAGGUCUAUAAGGUUUCUACCGGUGAGCUUGUGGCAAGGCUUUCCGAGGAUGUUGCCUCCGCCCCCUUAGGUGCCAAUGGCACGCCAGCCGAAGGUACCGAUUCGAACCCUGCUGUUUCUUCCUCCGCUUCAUCGGAUUUAUACAUCAGAUCUGUUUGUUUCUCUCCAGAUGGGAAAUUUUUGGCCACGGGUGCGGAAGACAAACUAAUUCGUAUCUGGGACUUGACCUCUAGGAGAAUUGUUAUGACCUUGCAAGGACAUGAACAAGACAUAUACUCACUGGAUUAUUUCCCAUCUGGCGAUAAGCUUGUCUCAGGCUCUGGCGAUAGAACUGUCAGAAUAUGGGAUCUUCGCACUGGUCAAUGCUCCUUGACUUUGUCAAUUGAAGAUGGCGUGACAACAGUUGCAGUAUCUCCAGGCGAUGGGAAGUUGAUAGCUGCAGGCUCUCUUGAUAAAACGGUUCGGAUUUGGGAUUCAGAGACAGGCUUUCUAGUAGAGAGACUAGAUUCCGAAAAUGAACUAGGAACAGGACACAAGGACUCAGUUUACAGCGUUGUAUUCACAAGAGAUGGUCAUGGUGUCGUUUCUGGUUCAUUGGAUAGAUCAGUUAAGCUUUGGAAUUUGAGAAGUGCUAAUGGGGGGGCUGCUGAGGGGAAGGCCAACAUCGCAGCUAGCGAAGUUACUUACACGGGUCACAAAGAUUUUGUCUUGUCUGUGGCUACGACACAAAACGAUGAAUACAUACUUUCGGGUUCGAAAGACCGCGGAGUUUUGUUUUGGGAUACACCCUCGGGAAACCCAUUAUUGAUGCUCCAGGGUCAUAGGAACUCGGUAAUUUCUGUUGCGGUGGCAAAUGAUCAUCCUUUGGGUCCCGAAUAUGGCGUGUUUGCUACUGGUAGCGGCGAUUGUAAGGCAAGAAUCUGGAAAUAUACGAAGAAAAGUUCAAACACGGAAUCCAAGAUUAGAGAAGUCAAAGAAUAA